AUGUUCCUGCGUACCUACCGCCGUUCCCCUCAACGGCGGCUGCUAAGGGCUCUCGUCUUCAUCUUCGGAGCCUUGUUCCUCCUUGACCUCCUCACGCUGCUCAAACACUACCGAGAGUUUUCAAGAAACCUCCUUUCUCACACAUAUACCGAGUUGUCGACCUUGCCCUCACCCGUGCAGAACCAGAAGAUCUUCAUCUGUGCUCAAUUCUGGACAAAUGCAAAAGUGAUACACGACCGCUGGGGCCAGGCCCUACUAGACCUCGUUGGAGUGUUGGGCAAGGACAAUGUCUACGUGAGCAUUUACGAGAGUGGCAGUCUGGACAACACGAAAGACAUUCUACAAGUACUGGACAAUGUGCUGGCCGAGAAUCACAUCUCACGAUCGAUCGUGCUUGAUCCGACCACCCAUGCCGACGAGAUCAAUGCUGGUCCACUUGACGAGCAGGGGAAUCCACGGCCAGGAUGGAUUCAAACCACGACGGUUGGCGCUGGGAAGGAAAUGCGCCGCAUCCCGUACCUGGCAAACUUGCGCAAUAAAGCUCUGAAACCUUUGUUCGACCUGCACUCGAAGGGCCGCAACUUCGACAGGAUCCUCUUUUUAAACGAUAUUGUCUUUCAGCCCAGCGAUGUGCUGUCCCUCCUAGCUACGAAUCAAGGCUCGUACUCGGCUGCAUGUGCCCUGGACUUUCAUCAUCCCCCCACUUACUAUGAUACCUUUGCUCUUCGGGACAGUCAGGGCAACAGCACCAUCAUGUCCUCUUUCCCAUAUUUCCGGUCCCUUGACUCGCGAGAGGCGAUGCUUGAUGGCCGUGCCGUGAAGGUCCAGUCAUGCUGGAACGGUAUGGUUGCGAUGGACCCAAGUCCGUUUUACGAAGGCCUACGGUUUCGUGCCCUGCCGGACAGCCUGGCGUCCAAGCAUCUUGAGGCGAGUGAGUGCUGUUUGAUCUAUACGGACAUGGCAGCCUCGAACCUUGCAGGUGGCGGCAUCUACCUCAAUCCCGCCGUCCGCGUAGGCUACACUGUUGAAGCAUACAACACAACCCACGCUGGCCCGGACCAGAACUUUGUCUCAUCCACCGGCUAUGUUACUGGUGUUUGGUCAAACCGCAUUAAGCGCCACCUUAUCCCUGCAGUGUCUGCGCAGGCCAAGGAGGUGGCGAAGAAGAUGGAGCGUUGGGUGAAAGAUGGGAGUAACUCCCUUGAAAAGCGCGAGGAGAAUGGUCGAAUAUGCGUUAUUCCAGAGCAGCAUAUUUUGAUUUGGAAUGGGUGGAAGCACACUUGA